AUGAAGGUCCUCCUGUUACUCAUCAUGAUGCUCUCCGCCCUCGUUCACACAUAUCCUUACAAACGAUCAUCUGGAUUCGAGCGCCUUCGUGAUCGUAUUCAUCGGAAAAGACAUCGUCAUCAGAAGCCGUCAGUAAUAAACGAGACAGAUGAGAUAUUCGAGAUGUCGAUGGUCAUUCAGAAGUCAGAUGAAAAUGAUGAUUUAUCGUCGAGAAUACGUUCUGAGAAAUCAAUUCCAAAUACGCUGACAACUCCACCUACAGUAACCCAUCAUAGGCACCAUCAUCAUCAUAAAAAGAAUCGGCGUGAGAAAAACGAAGAAUUGUGUCAGAGUCAACGGAAAAUAGUAGAGCUGAACACACAAAGUCAUGAAUUCGAUCCUCCAUUUGUAGUAGAAGUUCGAUGUAUGAAUACCCAAUCAUCAAAUGGAAAUAUUCUUUCCGGUCAAGAACAAACUUGUUUCAAAGGAAUGUUACGAUGUGUACAGCAGUAUGCUGAUGUACAUGUCUCUCGUCGUAGUGUUGGUUCCAUUCACUGGCAUCCAUAUACAAUCUCUGAUGUACCCGUAUCUUGCCAAUGUAUGUGGCCAGUUGAUAGAUACGGUCACCAAGAGUUUUAG